AUGGGCAAAGACUACUACAAGAUCCUCGGCGUAUCCAAAUCUGCCGAUGACGAUGAGAUUAAGAAAGCCUACAAGAAGGCCGCGCUGAAGUGGCACCCUGACCGUAAUAAAGACAACGAGGCUGUUGCGAAGAAAAAGUUCCAGGAAGUCGGUGAGGCUUUUGAAGUGCUUUCUGAUAAAGAUAAGCGUGCGAUUUACGACCAGUAUGGUGAAGACGGCCUGAAGGGUGGCGUACCUAUGCCUGAUGAGGGUGGCCCUGGCGGCUUCCCAGGUAUGGGUGGCUUCUCAAGUGGUGGCCCUGGUGGCCGUACCUUCCGCUUCUCGACAAGCGGUGGCAACCCCUUCGGCAGCAGUGGUGGAUUCCACCCAUCUGACCCCAACGAUAUCUUUGCGCACAUCUUUGGUGGUGCAAGCCCCUUCGGUAUGGGUGGUAUGGGCGGCUUGGGCGGCAUGGGUGGCAUGGGUGGCAUGGGUGGCAUGGGUGGCAUGGGUGGCAUGGGCGGCAUGCACGAUGACAUGCCGGGCUUUGCCUCCUUUGGCGCCGAGCCGGAGCCCAAAGCCGCGCCGGCCAAGGACUUUGAGACGCCGCUCAACCUCUCCCUGGAAGAACUGUACAAGGGCACUACAAAGAAGCUCAAAGUGGGACGCACACUUGCCAGCGGACGUACCGAAGAAAAAGUGCUUACCAUUGACGUCAAGCCUGGCUGGAAGAAGGGCACCAAGGUCCGCUUUGCAGGUGCCGGCAACGAAACCAGCUCUGGCAAGUCCCAGGACUUGGUGUUUGUCGUGGACGAGCGUACGCACCCUCGAUUCACACGCAAUGGCGAUGACUUGCGCUUGAUCCAGCCGUUGAAGCUGGUCGAUGCGCUCGACCCGCCCAAGCCAGGCACGCCGAAUUCGCGCCGCAGGGUUACCACGCUGGAUGGCCGCACAAUCGAUGUUCCUCUGCCCUCACCAGGGGCUGGUAAGACGACCAUCAGCCCGGGACGCACCACACGCAUUGCCGGCGAGGGUAUGCCGAUUUCCAAGACAAAAGGCACUCGCAAGGGCGACCUUGUUGUCGAGUGGAAUAUCGAGUUCCCGGACCGACUUACCGAUUCGCAACGCUCGAGCCUGCGUCAGGCGCUCGCUUAA